CUGUAGCCCAUCAACAUGCCCUCCGGCCUGCUGCUGGAAGCCCUCUGCAUUUGCAUGUUGGCGGGAGUGCCCCCUUCCCUCCCUCUUCAGGAAGUUCACAUGAGCAGGGAGACCCUGGGGAAGAUUGCAGCUGCCAGCAAAACUGCGUGGUGCUCCGCUGCGGUGGACGUCCUGUUCCUGAUGGAUGGCUCUCACAGCAUCGGGAAAGGGAGCUUUGAAAGGGCCAAGCACUUCGCCAUCACGGUCUGCGACGCUCUGGACAUCAACCCCGAGAGGGUCAGGGUGGGAGCGGUCCAGUUCAGUUCCGCCCCUUGGCUGGAAUUCCCCUUGGACUCCUUGGCAACCCAACAGGAAGUGAAGAUGAAACUCAAGAGGAUGGUUUUCAAAGGAGGGCCCACUGAGACGGGCCUCGCACUGAAGCACCUUCUGCACAGAGGCUUCCCCGGGGGCAGGAACGCCUCCGUGCCCCGGGUCCUCAUCGUCCUCACCGACGGCAGGUCCCAGGGACACGUGGCGCUGCCGGCCAAGCAGCUGCAGGACAGCGGGGUCACCGUGUUUGCCGUGGGGGUGCGCUUUCCCAGGUGGGAGGAGCUGCAGGCGCUGGCCAGCGCGCCCAGGGAGCAGCACGUGCUGAUGGCCGAGCAGGUGGAGGACGCCGCCAACGGGCUGUUCAGCGCUCUCAGCAGCUCCGACGUCUGUGCCUUCGCCUCUCCAGACUGCAGGGUCCAGCCUCACCCCUGUGAGCGCAAGACGCUGGAGACGGUCCGGGAGCUGGUCGGCAGUGGCCUGUGCUGGAGAGGAUCGCGGGGGACCGAGGGUGUGCUGGCGGCACCCUGCCCCUUCUUCAGCUGGAAAAGAGUAUUCUUAACCCACCCCGCCACCUGCUACAGGACCACCUGCCCAGGCCCCUGUGACUCGCAGCCUUGCCAGAACGGAGGCACGUGUGUUCCAGAAGGACUGGACAGGUACCACUGCCUGUGCCCGCCGGCCUUCAGAGAGGAGGCUAACUGUGCCCCGACGCUGAGCCUGCCGUGCAGAAUCGACGUCCUCUUCCUGCUGGCCAGCUCGGCGGGCACCACGCCGGAGGGCUUCCAGCGGGCCAAGGCCUUCGUGCGGCGGUUUGCCCAGGCGUCGCUGAACGAGGACUCCCGGGCCCGAGUGGGUGUGGCCCGGUACAGCGGGGAGCUGGAGGUGGCCGUGCCCGUGGGCGAGUACCUGGACGUGCCCGACCUGGUGCGGAGCCUCGAUGCCAUCCCCUUCGGCGGCGGCGCCACGCUGACGGGCAGGGCCCUGCGGCAGGCGGCGGAGCGCGGCUUCGGGAGCACCAGGACCGGCCUGGACCGGCCCCGCCGGGUGGUGGUGCUGUUCACCGAGUCGCCCUCCGAGGACGAGGUGGCCGGGCCGGCGCGCCAUGCGAGGGCCCGGGAGCUGCUGCUGCUGGGCCUGGGCAGCGAGGCCGUGCGGGCAGAGCUGGAGGAGAUCACGGGCGGCCCUGAGCACGUCCUGGUCUACGCCGACCGGCAGGAUCUGUUCAACCAGAUCCCGGCGCUGCAGGGGAAGCUGUGCAGCCGGCCGCAGCCAGGCUGCCGGGCACAGUCGCUGGACCUGGUCUUCAUGCUGGACGCCUCGGCCUCCGUGGGGCCCGAGAACUUCGCCCGGAUGCUGAGCUUCGUGAGGAGCUGCACCCUCCAGUUCCACGUGAACCCCGACGUGACGCAGAUCGGCCUGGUGGUGUACGGCGGCCGGGUCCGGACGGCCUUCGGGCUGGACAGCCACGCCGCCCGCCCCGCCGUGCUGCGGGCCACCGGCCAGGCCCCCUACCUGGGCGGGGCGGGCUCGGCGGGCACAGCCUUGCUGCACGUCCACGACCGGGUGAUGACCGUCCAGGGGGGCGCCCGGCCCGGCGUCCCCAAAGCCGUGGUGGUGCUCACGGGUGGCCGAGGGGUGGAGGACGCCGCCGUGCCCGCCCAGAAGCUCAGGGACAACGGCGUCUCGGUGCUGGUGGUGGGCGUGGGGCCCGUCCUGAGCGAGGCGCUGCGCAGGCUCGCGGGCCCCCGCGACGCCCUGAUCCACGCGGCGGCCUACACCGACCUGCGGUUCCACCGGGACGCGCUCAUCCAGUGGCUCUGCGAGGAAGCCAGCCGGCCCGUGAAUCUCUGCAAACCCAGCCCAUGCAUGCACGAGGGCACCUGCGUCCUGCGAGGCGGGAGCUACCUCUGCGCCUGCCGGGACGGCUGGGAGGGCCCGCACUGCGAGAGCCGGGCCUUGCGAGGAGAUGCCCUCAGGACAGGAGGGCGGCCGCCCAGCCCGUCCCAGCCACUCCGGAGGCCUGGGCACCCUGGACGAUGAGGGGGCGCCGGCCCUCGGCGGAGCAUCCUCUUUGGAGUCCCCCAAGCGCCUGCCUCCAGUUCUGUCCGGAGCCCGCCUGCCCGCCUUCCUCGCCUGGGAGCAGAGACCCAUUCGCAGCUGAUUUCACUCCCCAAUGAUGGUGUUGGAAACUCUGGACGUGUGAGUCAAUGUUUUCUUUCUAUUGUAGCUGUGCCCUGUGGAGCUUGUCAUCUGUCCCUUUCCCCUGAGGAGCCACAGAGGUGCCUGGACACUUCUGAUGGCCAGUGUUGGGACAGCGAGGCCCAGAAGGAGGCAGAGACUAUCGGGUCAUUCGGACCACCGAAGCGAUGGCAAUUCGAGGUGGAGCAAGUGCAGAACUUUUUCUUUCCCCAAAGACGUCCUCGAUGUGAUGCGUUCAUGGUGCUUGUUUGAAAAGGGGCUUAAGCGGCAUUUGUGACCUCUGGUGACUGGCUCUGUGUGUGGGGAGAGAGGGUGAAAAGGCCCAGACUGGACCCGUGAUGGACUAACCAGCUGGUUUGGCUGAGUGUGCAAACAGCCGUGGGGGGCCGCGUUCUCCUUUAGAGCUUACUUGGAGGGGGUGUUAACUGUGGGGCGUUUACUGAGUGCUUUUCUUCCUGUCCUUUUAGAGCGGGGGUGCAAAGAGCAAUGGGAUUCUUAAACUCCACACAUAGAGAAUAAAGAAACCUAGAACGGU